GAAUUUUUUUUUUCACAAAUAGUAGAGCUCCAUAAGUAAGCAAAGUUGUUGAUAGUAAAGGGAUAACCAGCAAUGAUAGGAGGUGUAAUAUUCAUAGUUUGCAGUUUAUUCUACUUACUUUCAGGAGGCCGUUGGUCUGUAAUUUUUGCAGCUACUGUUUUUGCCGGUAUAUAUAAGUAUGAGCAAAGUUCCAAUAUUUCAGAUACUAAAACUACUCAAGAAACCAAAUCAACUUCGGAAGUAGAGUCACCAAUUUAUGCUAUAGAUUUCACAUCUUCAUAUACCCCUGUGAAAAGUUCUAAUAUACCUCAACCGAUCAGAACAAGAGCAAAAAGAUCACCUAAAGUUAUAAAGGCUUCUAAACCAAUUAUUACAAAUAAUAAGGAAGCAUCAUUAACUAAAUCAGUAGUUAAUUUACUUGAAUCACAAAUUUAUAUUUUCUAUACUACCUUAACUGGAUCUUCUCAAAGAGUAGCUAAAAGUUUACAAGAAAAACUUUUGAGUUUAGAAGGAUUACUGAAUGAACCAAAAUUAUUAAGUUUAGAUGAUGAUGUUGAUGAUCUUGAAGAAUAUUUCUUGAAGACUCCAGAUAAUGGAAGUACUAAGAAUAUUUAUUUAUUAGUUUUACCAUCUUAUGAAACAGAUUCACCAAUCGAUUAUUUCCUUGAACAUCUUAAAGAAACCUAUAAUGAUUUCAGAGUUGAUAAAUAUUCUAUGAAAUCCUUAUUAGGUUUUGCAGUAUUAGGUUUAGGAGAUUCAGAAUCUUGGAAAGGUGAAAAAUUUUGUUAUCAAGCUAAAUUAGCUGAUAGAUGGAUGGGUAAAUUAGGUGGAAGAAGAUUAUUCCCAGUAGGUGAAGUUUGUAUGAAAUAUGAGGGAGAACCUAAAGCUCAAGAGUGGAUUCAAAAUUUUGCUCAAUUACUAAGCGAUGAUGAACCAUUCUAUAUUGAUGAAAAUGAUGAUGUUGAUGAUAGUGAUAAAGAAGAAGAUGAAGAAGUCACUGAUGAUGGUGAUACUUUAGUUGAUGUUGAAGAUAUGGGAGAUAUAAUAAGAAAGUCAGGUACUAGAGGCUUAUUAGGUAAAGAAGAAGUAAAACAAAUGGUAGCCAAAGAUUCUCCUACUUAUAAAUCAUUAACUAAACAAGGGUAUACUAUAGUUGGAUCACAUUCAGGGGUUAAAAUUUGUAGAUGGACUAAAAGUGCUUUAAGAGGUAGAGGUUCAUGUUAUAAAUUUGCAUUUUAUGGUAUUAAAUCCCAUUUAUGUAUGGAAACUACUCCAUCAUUAGCUUGUUCUAAUAAAUGUGUUUUCUGUUGGCGUCAUGGUACAAAUCCAGUUGCAAAACUGAAUUGGAGAUGGGAAGUUGAUCCUCCUGAAAAAGUAUUUGAAGGAGCCUUGGCAGGACAUUAUCAAAAAAUUAAACAAAUGAGAGGAGUUCCUGGUAUUCAAAUGGAUAGAUUUCAAGAAGCUUUUCAAGUUAAACAUUGUGCAUUAUCACUUGUAGGAGAACCAAUUUUUUAUCCUCAUAUUAAUGAAUUUGUUGGAAUGUUACAUAAACAACAUAUUUCAUCAUUUUUAGUUUGUAAUGCUCAACAUCCAGAUCAUUUAGCCAAAUUAAAUAGAGUAACACAAUUAUAUGUUAGUAUUGAUGCACCAACAAGACAAGAUUUAAAGAAAGUUGAUCGUCCUUUAAAUAGUGAUUUCUGGGAAAGAUUAAUGUCAUGUCUUGAUAUUUUAAGAACAACUCAAAAGCAUCAACGUACAGUUUUCCGUUUAACAUUAGUUAAAGGAUUUAAUAUGUCAGAUAUUGAAAGUUAUGCAGAUAUGGUUGCAAGAGCUUUACCAUCACAAAUUGAAAUUAAAGGAGCUACAUUUUGUGGUUCAUCUAAUGCUAAUGGUAAUCCAUUAACAAUGCAAAAUAUUCCAUUUUAUGAAGAAUGUAAAGAAUUUGUUAUAAGUUUAUCAAAGGAAUUACAAUCAAGAGGUCUUAAUUAUGAUAUUGCAGCUGAACAUGCUCAUUCAUGUUGUAUUUUAAUGGCUGAUACUAAAUUUAAAAUUAAUAAUAAAUGGCAUACUCAUAUAGAUUAUACCAAAUUCUUUGAAUUAUUAGAAAGUGGUAAAGAUUUUGUUGAUUUAGAUUAUGUAACUGAAACUCCAGAUUGGGCAGUUUGGGGAUCGGAAGAAGCUGGAUUUAAUCCAAUAGAUACAAAAUUUGAUAGAAAAGCUGAGAAAUUAAAGAAGAAACUCGAUAGAGAAGAACAGUCUCGUAAACUUUUAGAACUGCAAAAAUCUCAUUAAGUAUUAGUAACUAUGUAAAAUAUAUUUAUGUAUAUGAUAAAUUCACUUAGCAGUAAAUUAAUCAGUAGACGC